AUGGACAUCAGGGAUUCGCUGAUGGAGAACAAGAGGCUCGUACGACUGGACCUCAGGUCCUGCGAGAUCUCGUGCUUCGGACUCUCGGAGCUGGCUCGGGCUUUGAAGGACAACGAUGUCCUGCAGUCGAUGGACGUGCGGAACAAUCCGAUUUACAAACUGGGAGUUCAAUCCAUCGUCGACGCUCUGGACACGAACAAGCACCUGAUUGAAUUUAACAUCGACGAAAAAUCGAAAAUGAAAUCGUCGAGUAAAAUAAAGAUCAAGUACAGCGAGUUGGUGAAGCGAGUGCAGGCCCUCUGCGAGAGGAACAAAGCGCUCAUGAAGGAAGAAGGAAGCGAGGGGAGUACAGAGGAAGACGACGACAGUGACGAAAAGGAUGAUUCGAUGUUUGGGGAGGAUGAUCUCGACAAUCUGGACGAACCUCAGGAGGAGCUUCCUGACGAAUUCAAGCGCUACAUGACCUGGAAGAUAUAG